CUCUUGUACCAGCAGGAGCUGCAGGGAUGGAGCUGGCUGGACUAUUGACACCUGCUGGGCCAGCACAGAGUUGAGCUUUCACACAACCAAGAUUUUGUUCAUUAACAGAAGGAUUUCCCUCAUCGAAGGCCAUGGAUGACAGUACAUUACCUGUGAAUAAAUGGGAUGAGAGCCAUGUCCAACGCUGGCUAGAAUCUACUGGAAUCAAGAAAGAGUAUGUAGAAAAACUACAUGCAGAAGAAGUGACAGGCCCAGUGCUACUGGAACUGGAUGAAUCUUUCCUCAAAGGCAUUGGUAUGAAAGGGGCCCAAAUCCACAUGUUAAUCCGCAAGAUAAAGGACCUUCAGCAGCAACAGCAGAAGGCACAGCAAGGCAAACCUUCCAGCAGCAAAGCCUCUGGCAGAGCUGAUGCACAAACAGAUGUGUUAAGACCCAGAAAGGCAUCUGCUCAAAAAACUUCCAGUGGAGACAGCUCUGGUCCAGCAGACAAAACUAACAAAGACAACACAGCUUCUGCUUCUGGCAAGAGGCAAAGUAGCAACUCCCAGCUUAAAAGUACUGAUGAAACCAUAGAGCUCAGCAACCAUCGACCAUUCAGAAGUCAGAAUACCGAUUUCAAGUAUGUGAAAGGCAGAGUUCUUGCUCCAGAAUCAGGAGUCAACGAUUUGAUCACUCCUUGUCAUGAAUACAAAUCUUUUGCCACUGCUGCAGAGCUGACCAGAGAACGGCUGCAAUCAAAAUUUGCCUGUGAAGUGUUAAGAUUUGCUUCAGCCUGCAUGAACAUUCGAACAAACGGUACCAUACAUUUUGGUAUCAUGGACAGUGUUGAGGACAAGGGCUGGAAACAUGGAGAGAUCGUUGGCAUAAAGGUCAAAGAGCGAGAACACUAUGCUGAUGCAUUAGAUUAUAUAGAAAAAUGCUUUCCAGAAGAGGUACAAGAAAUUGCAAGGAGAUGUAUUCACCCACCUGUUUUUGUUGAAGUGAUUUCCAAAGACACUCAGGAACAAAGAUUCGUGGUGGAGGUUGACAUUGAACCAACAUCCAGUUUAGUAAACAACCAAUUGUUUGAAGUGCGUUUGCCAAAAUACAAUGAAGACAACCAGAAGGUGAACCGGACAAAAGACCCAGUUCUCUAUCAGAGACUGGGAACGAAGUCUGAACCUGUAAAGCCCAAAGAUCUCACUACUUUUAUUAGGGGCUUACGAGACAGAGAUGCUCAAAGAGAAAAUGCUGAGCUCUCCAGUGCCCAAGUACAUACAGAAAUACCUGAAAAUUUAGGAAGAAAGUUAUCAAUUCUACUAAAUGAUGGCAAAAGCUAUAUGGAUGAUUCCCUAUGGUACAUCCUUGUCACAAACAGAUGUGAAAAGGAUAAUUUGAACUGUAUCAACUUUUUAAUGCACUUGAACAUUUUCUGCGUAUUCGACUUUGAUGAAGAUUCUUAUGUGUCAGGGUUGUACAGCAAGUACAAAGAACUGCAUGCAACAAGGUCUUAUUUUUUACAGGACUUUUCCAAUGAAGGUAAGACUGGCAACCCUUGUGCUCAGAAACAUCUGUGCCUGUUUGAUCAGGCCAGCUGGAUAUUCUGCAAUGGGCGCAGUGACUUCCGUGGAGAUGAAAAACCUUGUGAUGAAAAUACAUGGAUUAGAACAAAAAAAAAAUACCUUAAGAAAGCAAUUACUCGAAUCUGUGAUGAAAUCCUGCCACAGAGGUCUUUCAUUGUGCUUUUCCUACUGCUGUCUCCAGUCCAGAAGCCCCUUGUGGAUGCUUUUCAUGAAUUCUAUGCAGAGAUGAAUGGCACAGAGUACAUCGUUUGCAUUGCAGAGUCCAGAGAAAACUAUGAGAAGUGGGCUCAUCUAGCCCAGGCGUCCUGCAGCAUUGAGGCACUAGAGCAAUGCAGCAUCGCGGGUAUGAAACUAAGUCACAUAGAUGCCACCAUUCAAGCAAUGUUGCCUUCUACAGCACAACCCAGACAUCUGCCAGUUUCCACCAGAGGGCUGUGCACACUUCCCUUGUUGGAAGAAGAGAAAAUGUUUUCCCUAGAAAUCCUUUGUUCUGACCAGUGUGAUGACAUCAAAAUAGAUCUUUUGACAGAAAAAGAAAUACAAGAAAUAGAACAAAAUUUUUACCGAGGGAGAAAAAUCAUCUGGAAAAACUUCUGGCUGGCUGAUAAAAGACACUGUGGAGAAAUCAUUGAACGUGAAGCAUGUGAGGAUGCAAGCAAACUCCUGGUUGAUAUUUUACGAGGAAGUAGACUCAACUAUUCUGUGGCUAAGCUAAAGAUAUUUCACCAUCCUGGAAGCGGUGGAAGCACAAUAGCACGGCAAGUUCUAUGGAAAAGAAGAAAGGACUUAAGAUGUGCUGUUAUCAAAACCUCAUAUUCACCUUCAACUGUCUGUGAACAUGCACUUGCAUUUAGAGAUUAUGAAGAAAAAGAUACCAGUCACUGUCUUCCUGUGCUCCUCCUGAUCGAAGAUUAUGAUGAAGACUACUUAGAAGAACUAAGGAAUGACUUAAUGGAUGCUGUAGGAACUAGGAAAAUUAAUUCCCCCAGACCUUACUUCAUCCUCAUGUGCUGUAGACGAUCCAAUGACCCUGAAAGGCUUUGCAAGGCUUCUCCACUGGACACAGUUGCUGUCACUCACAAGCUGACAGACUCAGAGAAAAGUCUGUUCAAAGCUAAACUUGAAAAACUGAGGCAGAAAGAUGUCAAGCCAGAGUUCAUACUUACAUUUGUCCUGAUGUGUGAGGAGUUCAAUGAAGCAUACGUGAGAAACUUUGUAGAGCACAUACUGCAAGGCAUAGACCGUCACUCUCGUGAUACAUAUUUGAUACGUUAUGUGGCUUUGCUCAAUUAUUAUGUACCUAACUCAUAUGUUUCACUGUCACACUGUGAGGCUUUUCUGGGACUGGGGUUACAAACAGCAAUGACAUCAAGAGCAUAUAAUUUCAAAAGUCUCUUGAGUGAACAAGCAAGAAUGAUUUUUAUUGAGCGAAGGGAAAGUACUACCAAUAUUUCGUAUGUUCAGAUAAUACACUGUCUGGUUGCAAAAGAAAUUCUGCAUCAGCUUUCAGGGAACGAACCUCAAAGUCAACUUGCAAUGACACUUCUUCAGGAAAAGACACUCUUUGAAAACAGAUUUGUACGAGGGGAAUUCAUAAAGUUCAUCAGAGAUCUUUUUAUUAGACGUGAGAAAAGAAGCAGGGGUGACAAAACUGAUACUCUUUUCUCCCCAUUCAUUGAACACAUCUGUCAAGUUGAAGACUGUGAAAAAGCUAUAGCCGUUUUACAAGCUGCAUAUGAGCUCCUUGGAAAAGAUCCUUUUUUUGCCCAGCAGCUUGCCAGGCUGCAUUACAACAAUGAAAAAUUUAAAGAUGCAGAAUACUGGGCAGGGGUUGCAAAAUUUCAUUUGCCAAAUGAUUCUUAUAUUUUAGACACAGAAGGUCAAGUCUAUAGGAGAUGGUUUAGUUUUGUUCUGGAUAAAAAGACAGAGGAGGACACUCCUGAAAACAUCAUUGAAAAGAUCGAGAUGGCUCUUAAAGCUAUGAAAUGCUUCAAGGCUGCACAAUGGGCUGCAAAAGCAGAACGCGACAGUAUGAACAAUGCUGGUUAUUUUGGAGAAGUUGAAGUAGGAUGUCGUCUGCUUAAAUUUUUGUCCACAGUCCAAGUAUUUCGCAGAACUCCAGAGGGGGAAAAUGAUGAGCUUGUGAAAUACCUGAUCACAGAUUACAUUCCUAAAGACAUCGAAAAACCAUGGGGAAGGCUUCACUCGCGCUUAAAAGGCUUACGCCAGAACCUGUAUGAAGCUCUGGAAUGGAUUUCUGAAGAUCUGAGUUAUUUCCAAACAGAUAAAGACCAUGACAAGGAAGAAGAUGAUGAAAAAAAUGAAAAGGAAGAACAAAUUCAUAAUCCUAGAAAAUGGCUGAAAACACAGUCCGAGGUAUAUGCCAAAUUCUUCAUCUCAACAUCACUGAUUGAGGACAGCAACGGUGGCCCUGACAGCCAGCUGAUGAGACGCAUGAAUAUUUAUAGGAGUGGUGGAGGUAGUGUCACCAAUAUCCUGUCAUUCUUAACAGAUAAGAAAGAGAAAAGAUCAGCUGAAAAGCUAGAAAGGAUCCUUGGUUUCUACCCAGAAAACCCACGCAGCCUAGAGGACAACGAUCUGAUCAAUUAUAUUUUGUGCCAUAUCACAUUAGCAUGCUUAGCACCAGGAUCAGCCAAACUUUGUCCAGUGCAAACUCUUCGUGAUCUCAGUGCAAGAUUCUUUAAAGGAAAAAGACCAUUUCCAGCAAGUGCCUAUUUUUUGCUCACUAUGUUGUACUGGCCAGAUGAGGCAUUAGACAAGGAGCCUCAUCCAGAUAAAGAUGAAAUUCUAAACACAGCCCUUCAAACCCUGAAACGUUUAUAUGACAUCAAGAUGAAAGAUGUUCCUACCAGAAAGAAAAGAAUCUACACUCACUUCUUUCUGGGAAAGGGUUAUGGCUUAGGUAAGAUUGUGCACAAAACUAAAAUUGAGAAAUUAAUUAGUGGGUCCUUAGACGAGAGGAGAAUGAAGUGGCUAAAUGGAACUGUGUGGAAUAUUGCCAAUAUUCGUGACAUACUCAGAAGAGUUUCUGGUUGGACCAAGGACAGAAAAUUAUAUAUGUGUGGUCAUGUGAAGGAGUUUCCUAUCUUGCCACUCCAUCUUGAUUCACUGCCCUCUGGAAAUGAAAAUGUGACCUUUUAUUUGGGCUUUUCAUUUAACGGACUUGUUGCUUUCGAUAUUAAGGUUGAAAAAUGACCCAACUGUCAGCAGAAUGCACAGCACUUAGUACCUUAACAGCACCUACUGUGCUGAUGGACCAAACAGCACUGAAUUGUCCACUGUCACAUUUGAAACCAAGAGUGGACUGCACUGAGCAUCAGGUAACAAGAUAACCACACUUUACUACAGUAAUGACCCAGUAUCUAAAAAAAUGGAAACCUUCUAGUAAAAUAUACCUUAAAACAGAAGCCUUGCAUACUUCUGGAGUCAACAAAAGCAAGAUUUCAAGCUUAGCAAUCAUUGCAAUAUUUGCCUGGGGGCUGGGUGCAAAACAAAAGACCCACAAUUUCUCCUCCCCACCCCCAAAUACUUGGGGAACAGAGAUCUAGAAUAAACAGUUACAGCAGGGAACCCUUUCUUCUCAGCUCACAGAUUAGGAUUUAAUUUCUGAUGGUCUUGAUCAGUAACAGAAUCUGUCCACUGUAAUCAUGUUUUUUCUUCUUUCUGAAUCAGUAACAAGUUCAAGUGAGCUCAGGACGUGUAUACCACACUAGCUGUAACAUACACGUACCAGGUAUGAAACAUUUACCCAGCAACUGCAAGCCUACAUCCAGCAGAGAAGCACAGAGGGAACAUAAGCAGUUUUCAAGUUAACUUUGCAAACAUCAGGAUUUAUAAAAGCCAGGUCUCCAAUUUUACAAUCACCCCUACAUUGCUUCUCCAUGUAAAUGUGACAAACCAUACUAGAUAACUGUUUCUGGGAAGGGGUGCAGAGGCAGUGAGCAGUUAAGACAGUGACUAUAUUUGUAUGCAGUUAUGAUUUCAGUCCGUAAGAAUUCCAGCACUUUGUGGAAUGGUUUUGCAAUAUUAUCCAAUAAACAUCCAAGUACAUCACCCAGAUUUGUCUACUAUAUAUAUAUAUAUAUCUCCAUAUUUGAAAAUAUUUUCUAGCCUGAUUUACUAAUUUGAAAAAUGAGUUUGUUGCCAGCACUGUGUCUGCAACCAUCAUGUCACAUUAAGCUUCUUAAAGCCACCUGCUUUUCUUGGAGUUUUGCAUUGUUUGAUGCUGUAUUAUAAUCACUACAACUUCCAGAAAACCUGCCAUAUAGCUUAAGUUUUAAACCAAUAAACAAAGUUUAGAAAGAAUUUCCAUUUAUGAACUAAAUUACCCUACCUGAAGAUGUAGUUUUAACAGUAUCAAGGUACAAUUUGCCUUUCCGACUUCAGACAAGGCCUGGGCACAGCCAAAAACUGUAAAAGGAAUUGCAAGCCACCAUGAAUUCAGAAGAAACAGGAUGAAACCAAUGAUUAUUCUAUCUAGACCAAGCCUUCACCUUCCGGCCUCAAGAAGCAGAAACAAGAUGAGCUGUGGCAGCACCAGGACCAAGUGUGCUGGGGUACUAGAAAAGGGCUUGUCUGCCCUCCCCCCCCCCCCACCUUGAUGCAGGGGGCAAAGGGGAAAGUGUACAUUUGAAAAUGUAACUGGGCAGAGGCAGCUUUGUUAAGUCUAGCAUGGACUAUAAGGAUGGCUUCACACCAGAGUAGAAAUAGGAUAUACAAAUUUACUGAAGAGCAUGGGAGCUAAAAUAAAGCAUUAACUGCUUAAUAGUUUAUACAGCCUGCUCAAAUGCUGUGUCAAAGGCAUGGCUUUUGUUUUUAAGAAAGAGAUUGUUACUAUAAUGAAAAAUUAAAGCUAGACAACUUAGCCAAAA